GCCGAACCCGAUCUCGGAACCGCCCCUCUGCGACCACAACAGCGCCAGAUGAAGCUCGUCAGAAAAAACAUCGAGAAGGAUGCCUCGGGCUCGGUCACCCUCGUCGCCGAGGAGGCCGAGGACAUGUGGCACACCUACAAUCUGCUCACCAAGGGCGAUUUGCUGGAAGCCUCCACCAUCAGAAAGGUUGUCUCCGAGAGCUCGACGGGAUCGACAGACAAGACAAGUGUGCGCUUGACCCUCCGGGUGGCCGUCGAGACAGUCGAGUUUGAUGCCCAAGGCGGGAUCCUGCGUGUCAAUGGCAAGAACACUACGGAAAACAAGUACGUCAAGCUUGGCGGAUAUCAUACCAUCGAUGUGGAGCUCAACCGCAAGUUCACCAUCUUCAAGGAGGAGUGGGAUGUGAUCGCCAUGGAGCGCAUCGACAGUGCUUGCGAUGUUACCCAGCGCGCCGACGUGGCCGCCGUUACCCUGGAAGAGGGGCUGGCCAUCGUCUGUCUUGUCACCCAGAACAUGACGGUUGUGCGGCAGCGAUUAGAGUGCCCUGUGCCUCGGAAGCGACUCGGGAGCACCACAAAUCACGACAAGGGUCUAAGGCGGUUCUUUGAGCAGACGAUGGAGGCCAUCCUGCGACAUAUCAACUUUGAUGUCGUCAAGGUGCUGAUCCUGGCGAGCCCUGGCUUUAUCAAGGACCAGUUGUUCAAAUUCCUGAUGGAGGAAGCCAUCCGACAAGAUAACAAAGUGCUGCUCGAGAACAAGUCCAAGAUCCUGCUUGUGCACUGCUCGUCGGGUCAGAAGCACGCGCUGCAGGAGAUUCUCCAAGAGCCUGCCGUCCAGGCUCGUCUGGCCGAUACCAAGUUUGCCCAGGAAGUCAAGGCCCUGGAUCGGUUUUACACCAUUUUGGCGCAAGAUCCCGCAAGAGCCUUCUACGGCUACGACUACGUGGCUCUGGCGGCAUCACGGGGCGGAAUCGAAACGCUGAUGCUUUCGGAUGCCUUGUUCAGAUCCGACGAUGUGGCUACCCGCCGCAAGUACAUAGACCUGGUUGAGCAGACGCGGGCCAUGGGGGGUUCUGUGCUGAUCUUUUCAGCAUUGCACUCUUCGGGUGAGCAGCUGACGCAGCUGACAGGCGUGGCCGCCAUCCUCAACUUUUCGAUGCCGUCGCUUGAGGACGAAGUUGCGCAGGCCCAAGAAACUGCCGGAAACGCAGGAGAUGACGAAUACGGAGAGGACCUGUAGCUUUUCAGACUAUGUGCCCGCAUAAUCCCGCAAAUACAGUUUCCGGCCUGAGCGCAUCCGA